AUGACGAUGUUCACCGCAAGUCAACCAUGCCUUCAGUGUAGUUCCACGGCCUGUCGAUGCACUAUGUGGUCCAAGUACUAAUCACGUCUUGGAGAUACACGUAUCUCGACACUCGACUGGUUUGCCAUUGCACUAGUCUGACUGAGAUCUGGGGAAGCUGGGCCGCACAACAUUCCAUCCCAUCGCCAUUUCCGCGGCCAGGUCCAUGAAUGUCGAUCAGGCCUCACCUAACCCUCGCACGUGCUCCUCGUUCAUUCAUGGAAUUCCCACCGAAAUCCCGUGGUUGGCUACACAUCCCCAGCAGGUAAUUGACAGCCAAGUGGUCAACUUCAGCUGGCAGCUGGGCCAUCGAGCAACUCCCUUGCACCCGCAGACAGGCGCAACGUUGCUUCAUGCCAGGCCGCCACGAAGCCGCCUGAAUAGAUUGAGCACUGCCAAGUCUUCCCGUGCAAACUUCUGCGAUGUAAGACUAGCUCAGUGUACAUUUCCUUUCAACUGCACAGGUCUAGACUCUGGAGCCUUGACUGAGACUUCUUCAGGGACGCCCCCAGCGCUGCAUUCUUCUUCAAUUCUUGGCUUCUUUGAAUCCCCGGACCCGCCGGCAAACACGAGGUGCAGCUGGGAAACGCUUCCUUCGCAUCCAUAUUGCAGCCUAUUCUUCGGGUACCUCGGCUUUCUCUUCUCGACUAUUGAACUUGCUUUUUCUCACACAAAUGUCGCUCGAAUCAGAUCAUGGUGUUGGUGUCGUCCCGUGACGUCAAGUCACCCCUGCACCAUCGACUACCGUUCAUUACGCUAAAUCUCCUCGGUCCCGCGGGACUCCCUCCGUGAACGCCAAGCAGGCCAAGACUAAGAGGCCCGAAGCCUUCUAGCUUCCAUCAAUGGACCACUUACAACAAGACAGGCCAGUAACACAAAACCCGCUGUGAUUGUUAGUCGCUCCCGAGUGUUUGGCUCUACUUCGCUAGCUGGACGUCGAUUCAUACAUCUUAAUCUAAUGAUUGGAUGUUGUGAAUAGAUUUGACGCUACGUUACCCGAUCUCGAUUCCUGGCUCCAGACCAUUUGCAACUUACGCUGAAUCUGUAGCAUACAGUAUCAAAAGCCUUUCUACUAGCCAU